AUGGUGAGGUUGCAGGUUGAGAACAAGCUCCGCCAGCAAAGGGGAAGUUGCAAAAUAUUCGGUGUGUCUUUCGUCCAGGGUUCCAUAAUGAGGGGAAUUAUGGUCUGGAGGGAAAAUCCUGAUGAUUUAAUGCUGAAGAGGUUGGACGACACAAAAGUCUGGAUCAUCCGGGAUGCUCCCAGAACCAUGGCAUAG